AUGGCUCGACUCAACCCCGCCAGUCCCGUCAAGCCAGCCAAGCUGCAAGAACGCCGGACACCUCCCCAGAACAGACUCAGUCGAACUGCAACAAUCAAGCGCGAGCCCCGGGAUAGAUCUCAGGCAUCAUCGGCCUCCCAGAAGGAUAAUGCGGAGAGGGAACAAUGGGCCGCCAUCGGCGAGACAUGGUCAAAGAGCAGGUCCACGACUACAGCGGUUGAAAGACCGCGGGUGAAAAAUAGAUUACAAAGGGCAGACACGGUUUCGAGUGGAACAUUCGAUAUAUUCUCAGAGAGUGAUGGCCUCAGUGAAACCGAAAAUAGCAGCUUCUCGUCGUCGUCCCGCUCUUUGUUGACCGAGGACCGAACAACGGACCCUUUGAAGCUCUCUCAGGUCAAUUCCUUGUUGCUUCCAUUGUCUCACCAGCCGCGCAACAGGUCACCGCGCAAGUCAGUGGGAUAUAAUUAUGACAAGGAAAAUGAUCCCGUUGAUGGGGAAGAGCAGGAAGAUGAGGGGUCAUCUCUCUCUAGGAACUCGUCUACUGCUUCGAAUCGACCCGCUGCGCGGACUAUAGCCCGGCAGACACCACCGAGGGGCAGGUCUAGGACUAGAUACCGGGACCAUCAACAACCGGAGACGAAGUCGGACGAUGAAGGAGGUGAGAAUGGCUUUGACUCGAUGGACGAUUUCAUUGUUAGCGACAACGAAGAAAUAAGCUACCAUGAGACAUCGGACGAUGAAACGUCCGAACAAGAAGAAAAACAGCCGACGCCUUCUCCGCCCAGAACUAGAAAGAGAUUGCUGAGAGGCAGACGUCCUGAUCUAGGGAUGGAGCUAACGGUCCAGGACGCUUCUCACAAUGGAAGCCUUCAUCUGGAACCGUCUGUACCGGCCACCUUGACAAGGGCAGUUCCUAGAUUAGACACAAAGCCUAAGAAGUUGUUUCAGAGCGAGCUGGAGGUACUGAAGAAGCUCAAUGGCCUGAAGCUAAACCAAGAAGAAUUUGAUCAGUUGAAUCAAAACCCUAAUGAGGAUACCGACCAGAUUGAUUCCCCGACGAAGAAGUCACAAUCAAGCAAGAGUGGUUUGGAAACCCCUCCAUCUAGUCCCUCGAAGCGCUGUCUCCCAUCCCCAACGAAGUCCAGAGUCCAUAUACCGCCCACACCGCAUCGAGAGAGCGUUGACGCAUUCUGGAGCCAAGAGACCACGAACAACUGGGUCGAUCAGUACUCCCCAUGUAAAAUAGACCUGCUGCCGGAUUUUGACGAGUCGGAAAUCGAGGACAUUGAUACGGACAUCAUGCUGAGACCCGUGAAAAAGAAUCAGCUACGACUGAUCAAGCUAGCUACUGAUACAGCGGUGGGAGAAGAAGACUCCGAUAUCGAAGCCACCGACACGAAGAUUGUGCCCAAAACCGCAAAAACAUCAAGGACACCCGUCGGGGCACUUACCAAGACACCUAGCAAGACGGCACUGCGCAAAGCAGAGGCGGACAAAAGAAAAGCCGAAAAAGCGCGCAAGCAGGGAUUCAUCAAUAAGAGACAGGCCAUGGCGGAGGAGUUCCUCAAGGUUCUCGACAAUACCGUAACAGGGGGUCGGAUCCGUCGGCUCACGGCGCCCACGGGUGGUGUGUCAAUUGUAUGGAAGAGUUUCCGGACGACUGCCGGGCGUGCACGUUGGCACGUAGACAACACGAGCUCUGAGAUACAUCAUGCCGUGGUCGAGCUUGGAACAUCAGUCAUCGAUGCCGAAGACCGGCUCAUCAAAACCCUAGCCCACGAGUUCUGCCAUCUGGCCAACUAUAUGAUAUCAGGUGUUUUGAAGGACGCCCACGGAAAGAGCUUCUAUCAAUGGGCCGACAAGGUCAAGGAGAGUCUCAAAGACCAUCCCAUCUACGGCCGACAUAUUGAGAUAACGACUAACCAUGACUAUGAUAUCGACUAUAAGUACGUGUGGCGUUGUGUCGACUGCAGUAUGGACUAUAAGCGUCACUCGAAAAGCAUCGACGUGCGGAAACAUCGGUGUGGAACGUGUAAGGGUCUUUUACAACAGAUUAAGCCCAAGCCGAGGAAUAUCUCACCGCUGAAGAAGGCGACGCCUUUUAAAAAGCCCACGGCCGGGUUAGUGAACCAGGCGGCCCAAAUUAUGAAACAGGUGGAAAAGCGGACGUACUAUGUUGAUCUGACUGAGUCCUGAGUUUGGGCCGGGGGUAUGGAGAUGACCUUGAUAUGUCAUGAUGAUGUUGAAUGUCUUGUUUUAGCGAUUGACAUACCAGCGUUGCUGUUUUUCUUUUUUUGCCUGGUAUUGUACAGCAGAUGAUGCACAUUGGAUGAGUUGUAGAUAGGAAUGCAAUUG